AAAUUUUUUCUCUUUAUUUUUAAAGUUUUGAUGGACAAAACUUUCAAAACUGUUUCCAGUCUCCAACUCUGCUUAUUUUAAAAAAAAACCCUACCUGAUCAGAAUUAACUGCUAAAAAAUCCUAACUGCUCCCACUUAUGACUGCAACUUUGUUGCUUGUAUCCAGGGUGGAUUUGAUUUAAAUCAACUCGAUUUAAAUCAUAAUUUUUAAAGAGCAACUGUCAUCUCUGCUACUCCUUUGACCACUGUUGACUCACCGAUAGUCCCAGUGUUGCAGAAUAUACAGCCUCGUGUUACAUAACGAGGCUCCACUUCAUGCUGAAUAAACUAAAUUAUUUAUGUAUCUUAAAUAGAAAACUAUCAUAUGAUAGAUUUUUACCCCAAAAGUUUUUUAUUAAAAUAAAUUAGAUAAAAAUCAAAAAAAUCCGAUUUAAAUAAAAUCCAAUUUUUUUAUUUUUUAAAAAAAAAUCAUUUAUCCACCCUGCUUGUAUCCUUAUGAUUUAUAUUGAUAUUGAUGGUUUCCUAGUAUGAUUUGAUUGCUUAUUGCAACCUAUGACCAUCACUUAAUUGUUGUACCUAUGUAUCAUGUCUUUUUAUGUACACUGAGAAUAUAUGCACCAAAGACAAAUUCCUUGUGUGUCCAAUCACACUUGGCCAAUAAAGAAUUCUAUUCUUUUCUAUUCUAUUAUAAACUUGUGCCUAAAUAAUCUCCAGAUUGCAAAAUUUAAUUAAGGUAAAUAUAUCUUCCUUAGUUUAGGAACAAAUGCAUUCUUCCCUUGAAUAAUCACCCAUAGUUCUAAUUAAAUUUAUAUAAAUGGAGGGAUGUAUUCAACAGGGACACCUGGAGAGUUUGUGCUCUCUCAGCUCUGUCCAUGUGGCGUAUGGGAGCGUAGGCUUCUGUCCUAUGACGUAUGGUCCCCUUCCACACUGUUGGAGAGCAAGCUGGACCUCCGUGGUCUGCAGCCUGCAUAUUCCUACUGCUUCUCUGAGUCUUAUGGCUGUGACAGAGGAGAUAAACCAUGCAGGAGACAAUUCUAUUUGCAUCUUCUCCUGUCCUUAUUCAAUGCCUGGGAUGUCCAGCCUUGGCCAUCUUUAAGAAUUAUGGAUUUCUGGCAGUUGGAAGUCCACAAGUCUUAAAAUUGUCAAAGUCGAACACUCCUGUUCUAUGUUUUGCUUCGUGUUCCAUGUUAAUCUGUUUUUUUUUUAAAUUUUCCCUUGCUUUACCAGCCCAGCAGUUAAGGCGGCCAAUCGAUGAAGAGGAACAGAUUCCACUGGGCUCUCAGGUUGGGUCACCAGAUGGCAAUGAGGUUUUUGUUGAGCCACCUCCAAAGAGGAUGAAAGCUGGACCAGAGGCCACCUUUACACCCACGGUGGCGGGACUUGAGAGUCAAGGGCCUGAAAUGGAUGACCAGAUGAAAAGGAUGAUUUCAGAGGCCAUAGCACAGGGCAUCGCUGCAGGCCUACAACAGAAACGUCAGGCUGCUCCUGUGGCACCUGAAACUCCCCUACAUCAAGACCAACAUAUGGCAUCCCAGCAUCAAAAAGAUUUGGCGAUGUUCCAAGGGUCCCCCUCAACCCCUUCCUCCAUGCAGAGCAAGUUAUCGCUCUCAGGAGAUGAGGACUAUGAGGGGACGGAUCAACAGCCCAAGGCCUUCACACGUCUCUUUCGCCCAGCGCUCUUUAAAUCUUUAUUAUUUAAGGCCAAAGCCUCAGCGCAACUGGGAACUGACCCAGCUACAAAGGAGUCGGCAUUGGACCCGAGUAAGUUGCUCUUUUCAGAGCUAACCGCAGAGAUUGAGGAAAUCCCAUCACCUAAACUAUUUCAGGAUGUGGUCCAAAGGCAAUGGGUCCAACUAGGGGCAUCCCCUUCCCCAAGCUUGGUGGACAAAACAUUUUAUAAUAUGGCCCAGGAUUUCAUGGAAACACUGGACCCACCAACUGUAGAUGAUCCAGUGUUGGCCUUAACACCCUCCACCCUCCUGUCUAAUGAUGAUGCUCUGAAGCCAGAGGAUAAGAGGGGGGAAUAUGCCCUCCGCAAUAUGCAUCAGGCAGCUGCCUGGGCAAUCAAAGCAUCUACAGCCGCCUCAUUCUUCAACAGGGCCUCAUUGCUCUGGCUCCGCCAGAUGCAAGCGAGGGUUCCCCCUAGUGACCUCCACUUACACCAGGACAUUAACAAACUGAUAGCGGCUAUGGAAUUCUCGGCAGAUGCCACCUUGGAUACUGCCAAAUUUGCUUCUAGGGCCAUUUCCUCUUCGGUGGUGGCCCGUCGCCUACUGUGGCUUCACCAAUGGCAGGCGGACAUGAAGUAUAAGUGGAAACUAGCCUCUGCUCCCUUCAAGGGUAGCAAGCUGUUUGGAGAGGCCCUGGAGCCCAUUCUAGUGGAGACCAAGGACGGGAAAAAGGUCUUGCCUUCUCUAUACAGACGGGAUAACAGCCGCGUCUCGCCUUAUUUCCAUAGGCCUUCCUUUCAGCCCACAGACACGGGGUUUGACGCCCCUCAACCCCAGAGGGCAUACGCCCCCAGACAAAACCAACAACCGGACAGAUCCGGGUUCAGGAGCAGAAAUAGACAACAAUUCCAAGGCAAGCAACAAUUUCAUGGCACAGGCAACCGUCCCUUUUACCACUCCAAGUAAUGGCAGAUCCCAACCCUCCCAUUGGCAGACCCGAGUUUCCUCACCUUCUGUCCUGGUAGCCCUCUCCAUAAGAGAGGACCUUUGUAUAUUUCACCAAAAUAUGGUGGUCCUAUAACUAGACUCUGAUAGGGACGCGGUGGCUCAUUGGCUAAUAAUUAUUAAUACAUUAAAUUUAAUUGGAACUUGUGUUGUCUUGAUCUUUCACGCCUGACAGAAACUAGCCAUUAGUGUUUGUCAUCUGUGCUUCAUAAUAUAGGUUGGUUUUGUAUUUUGUUUUUUUUUUGAUUACAAGCAUUUUUAAUAAUUUGUAAGCCACCCAGAGCCCCUGGGAGUUGGGAGGUAUAAAAAUGAUCAUAGAAAAUAGAAUCGUAGUAAUAGAAAAUCUAUGAACUGACAACAUUUUUUUUGUCAUAUUACAAAAAAAACCACACUGCUUGGAGGGGACGCGGUGGCUCAGUGGCUAAGACGCUGAGCUUGUCGAUCGAAAGGUCGGCAGUUCAGCGGUUCGAAUCCCUAGUGCCGCGUAACGGGGUGAGCUCCCGUUCCUUGUCCCAGCUUCUGCCAACCUAGCAGUUCGAAAGCACAUUAAAAAAAUGCAAGUAGAAAAAUAGGGACCACCUUUGGUGGGAAGGUAACAGUGUUCCGUGCGCCUUUGGUGUUUAGUCAUGCCGGCCAAAUGACCACGGAGAUGUCUUCAGACAGCGCUGGCUCUUCUGGCUUUGAAACGGAGAUGAGCCCCGCCCCCUAGAGUCGGGAACAAUUAGCACAUAUGUGCAAGGGGAACCUUUACCUUAUGGCUAGAGCCCACCUUUCUUCCCAAAGUGAACUGUUCGUUCCACAGGGCACAGGAAAUAGUCUUACCAGAUUUCUGCCCAAACCCAAACCACAACCUGGAGAAAAAGUGGCACUUCUUGGACGUUAGGAGGGCUACCCGUAUCUAUUUAAAGAGAAAGACUGUCAGUCCGACCUAGCACAUUGGGCAGCAAGAUCACACCAUCAACCAUAGGCUGGUGGAUACGGGUAUGCAUCGCCAAGGCUUACGAGAUCCAGGCGCUCCAGUUUCCCAGGCGAGUGACAGCUCAUUCAACUAGAAGCGCAGCCACGAAGGUUGCAUGGAAUACACAGGCCUCUCUUGACAUUUGUAGGGCAGCGAUGUGGUCUAUGCCCAUCCCCGUUCAUACGACAGUACAAGUUGGAUGUGUUGUAGUCUGCUGGUGGCAUGUGGAGCUGGCAGCAGAGUCGGACAGUGAGGAGGCUGGGGAGGAACGGGGGCCAGUCCUGGAGUCGGGAAGGCCCGUACAAGGGCUCUGUUUCGGAGGCAGAGAUGGGGCCAGGGCCAUCUGGGAGUUAUGUGCGGACUAGACAUACUCAAUUCCUGCAACGUUUUAGCCUCCAGCCCCUAAUCAUCUUGGUUACUCUUUGCACUCUUUCCAGAGUCUCUUCACAUCUCUAGUGGAAAUCUCCGAGGUGUCUUUUUCACAUGUAUAGCUGCCAUCCAGCUUUUGCAUGUAUGUUCCAUGAUGAACAUACAUGCAAGAGGAGGUGAGGAACUAGUAAAUGAAAAUGUUGGGAGGCCAAGGAGAAGUAGUUAUUAGUUGCAAAGUCGUGUCUGACCUAUUGCGACCCCAUAGACAAUGUUCCUCCAGGCCUUCCUGUCCUCUACCAUCCUCGAGUCCAUUUAAGCUUACGCCAACUGCUUCAGUGACUCCAUCCAGCCCCCUCAUUCUCUGUCGUCCCAUUCUUUUGCCCUCAAUUGUUCCCGGCAUUAGGCUCUUCUCCAGUGAGUCCCAUAAGACAUAAAGAAGGAGCGAAGGCAGGUGAGCCCUUUGCAGGAAGCAACUUUGUUCGUUCUGGUUGGUUUAAAUUUUGAAGCUCUGUUUUGACCCUGUGCUCUGUGUGGCCUUGCAAAGUUAAUUGCCAAUUAGGUCUUGGCAGUGUGUCAAGGGAGAUGCUGGGUGCUUAUCACUAUUAUCACGAAGAACUGUGGCAGAUUUCUGUUGGACUCUUUACAAUUAUUUGGGACUCCUGUGAAUGGACAGACUGGGAAUGAACAGGCUCUGAAUGAGCAGAAUUCGCAGCCGUGGAAAUAAAAAGAGGUUUUUGGGACUUGUGUGCUUUUAUUGUAUCAGGAAGACUAGGUCAGAACAGGAUGUCUUCGUCUCCUCUGAAGCAGCCUUUGGCAGAUGAGUACUUCAAAAAAAAGUGCAUACAGAAUUGGGGACUUGGGACCAGACUGCUACCCAACCUUAGGACAGUCGGCUUUGGUAUGUCCCUUUCCUUGGAUUCUCGACUCUUACCUGACACGCUCCUUUUCGGUGUGCUGAGAGAAAAUACCAACACCCCAACUCCAACCCCGCGCCCGGCGACCAUCUGGUCUUGAGUCCAGGAGUGUUCAGAAUCGGCACCGAGAAAAACUUCCAAGUCAAUCGCUACUACGCCUUCAUCAAAACUGGGCAUGCUCAGGCAGAGGAGGCGGGACCAAAGGCCUGAUUGACUCUUCCUCCAGCACAGGAAGCAGCGUUAAGUUAAGGCAGCCUUCUGGUUUGGCUGAAUUAUGCUGCUGCUGCAGGAACAUCCUACGCAUCUCCUGACCCUUGAGGACACAUUGCUAUUCUGACCAGUUUCAGAUGAUGGCCAGGGUUCAAUGCUGUGAAUCUAUAAUCUGGUUCAAAAGCAGAAGCAGGCUUUUGAAAGCCCAACCAGGAAGAUGACUGUGGCAGCUCAGUCUUGAAAUGGUGGGAGAAAUCCCUGUCUGCAAAGCUGGCUGAGGAAUUCUGGGAGUUGAGUUCCACAAGUCUUAAAGUUGCCAAGGUUAUUUGAAAGGAGGGAAAAACUCGUGAAAGCACCAGCUGUUCUCAGUAUUGCUGUGGAAGAGAAACUACUUGGACAGGCUUGGAGGAAUGAAAAUGUUAGACCAAGCAACAUCAGAUAGGAAGUCUGGCGUUAAGGAACCAGCCAGAGCACAAGACAACGCAAAGCCACGCAGGUUGGGAAGAUGCAGAGAGUCCUGGCCCAUAGAAUGGCCAAGAGUUUGACAUGACUGAAUGGAUAACAUCAACUCUUGUGCAACGUAGACUGCAGCAGCAUUUAUAAUGUUGGUUAUAAAACAAAACUGCACCUGCGAUUGGUACUUCUAUUGGUAACAGUACAAACUUGGGAGUUAUUGGGAGAUUUUUUGGUUUGCCAUGAGAACCUGUUCACUUUAUUUUGUAAAUGAAUAUCUAUUAUUGAACAUCAGUGAACCUAUAAAUUUGAAUUCAGCUGAGCUACGCUUUACCAAGCCCUGCUUAGCCAAAUUUUGGGGAUUCUGUUUGAGGCCACUGCUGUGGUUGGGGGCUUAAGGAUGUUAGAGGAGCUGUUAAAUGAAGAACAGAGCAAUAACCAUAUUGAAUUCUACGGUAUAGUGCAAUACCGGGUUUUCAAUUUCAAUUACAUAGAAUGUAAAGGAUGUAGGUUUGUGUUUUUAUUUUUAUAGUUCUAAUGUACACUGAAGAUGGCAUUUAAUUUCAUUGUACCAUGUGCAAUGAUAAUAAAGUAAACAACUAAACUUUUAACAGGAGGAACAUAAUCCUGAAUUCUUUUGCUUUUGUCAGUCCUUUUUAUACAGUAUAUUAUUGGAACUUGAUAAUUUGAGUAUUUGCGUUUUCCCCUCUUAACAUUGGUUUAUGGUUUUGCAAAUCUUUAUGUAUUUACACAUGUAUGUAUUAAAGACUAGUACCAAUCA